AAUCCAUAAACCGGCCCCGCUCUCUCUCUCUCUGGUUUAUCCUCGUUUCUUUCUUUCCACUCUCGUUGUCUGCUGGAGAGAAAAAUGGGUUUUGCUGCUUCAAUGUCUUCCCCUCCUCCUCCUCUGCAACUUUCCUCCUCCUCCUCCUCGUCAUCAUCAUCAUGGUCAAAGUCAGCUCUUUUCAGCGUGACCCCAGUUUCCUUUUCUCCUCCAACUGGAAAAAAUGCACAGUAUCGUAAACGACUCGUCGUAUUGUCAAAGAGAGUUUCACCUCUAGAAGAGGGCAUGAGAAUCAGGAGAGAACGAGAGCUUCAAAAGACGGUUAAGUUUAGAAAAAGGCCACCAUUGAGGCGGGGGAGAGUAUCGCCAAGGUUGCCAGUGCCCGAUGAUAUUCCAAAGCCUCCAUAUUUAGGUUCAAAUGAGUUGCCAGAUAUUUCUAGUGAGCAUCAGAUUCAUGACUCUGAAGGGAUUGUUAAAAUGAGGGCAGCCUGCGAGCUUGCUGCUCGCGUUUUGGAUAAUGCUGGCAAAUUGGUUAGGCCAUCAGUGACAACAAAUGAGAUUGACAAAGCAGUGCACCAGAUGAUCAUUGAUGCUGGUGCUUAUCCUUCACCUCUUGGUUAUGGAGGAUUCCCAAAGAGUGUGUGUACAUCAGUUAACGAGUGCAUGUGUCAUGGAAUACCUGACUCCCGUCAGCUGCAGGAUGGUGACAUAAUAAAUAUUGAUGUGACGGUCUACUUAAAUGGCUAUCAUGGAGACACUUCAAAAACAUUUCUGUGUGGGAAUGUCAAUGAUGCUCUUAAGCGUCUCGUGAAGGUGACUGAGGAGUGUUUGGAAAGAGGGAUAGCUCUAUGUAAAGAUGGUGCUAGUUUCAAGAAAAUCGGAAAGAGAAUUAGUGAGCAUGCUGAAAAAUAUGGUUAUGGUGUGGUGGAGCGUUUUGUUGGACAUGGUGUAGGGACUGUAUUUCAUUCUGAACCAUUAAUACUACAUAAUCUCUGUUUCUUCUGCGCUGUGCUUUGCACUAAUAACUCAAGAGGCCUCGUGGCUCAUGGGCAUAGUAGCAGUAUAUCAUCCUUGCUUUAUGAGCACUACUGGACUAAUUUCUGUCAAUUCUUUUGCCGGUUGAAUAUCAAACAACAAACUCAAAUCAAUUCAGCUAAGCCUUAAUCUGAACUAUUUAGGCCUAUCCCUUUUUUCUUUCAUUUUCCCUACUGAUAAUCCAUUUUAAUUUUCCAAUGUUUAGAAAAGUGGAAAUAUUUUUAUGGACCUGUUAUUAUUCAAGGAUAAACAAAUGGAAUGCCUUCAAAUGCAUCAUCUUUGUUCAAGUCA